AUGAUUGUUUGGCAGUUUCUAUUUGUAGUUUAUUGCUUGUUGGCGGCAACCAUUCAAGCAAUAUUCGAAGACUUCAACCCUUUCGCACAUAAGAAUGUUUCACUAGAAGUACCCAGUGUAAAUGGGUGGCGCAAGAACAUCAUGACCACUGGUCAACAAACCAUUUUCAAUUCCGAUAACAUCUACGAAUGGACCCCGAUCCUCUCCAAUUUAACUGCUGGCAAAAAGGACAGUUUCGUGUUCACCAUCGAUGCAGAAUCCUCCGGUUACGGGUUCGCACCCACAUACGAAGUACUGAUGUUCAUUAGUGGUAAUAUUUGCGACAUGCCCGAAAAUAUUACGGGGGCUGAAUUAAUGAUAUACUAUUCUUUCAAUGAGUCUGUUUUGGACAACCCGGGUAUUGGCCAGAGUGCUGUUUUUCAAAAUGGUUACAUUCAAGCAUUGGCCAUUAGUCCAGUGCAAUCGUCUAGCUCGAAUGCCACCUCCACCUACUCAAACCUUUAUGUGGUCACUGAGCUAGUGAAUGCCACGACAAAACAACCGCUGUCCAGUUCUGACACAUCAGGUAUCUGGGAGUACAGAUUGAGUAUCUCUGAGAAUGAUUUAGUCUUCCAAUGGGACGUAAGACCCUGGGUAGAGGUGUUAGACACAGAUAUGCACUCUGCGUUACUGUCCACAGGGAAUGUUACCGCUGACGCAAAGGUUUACCAUAACUACUCAAUAUAUGAUCCAUCCUUAUACGAUCUAUAUGUUUACUCGUACGAAGAGUCGACUCGGCUAAAUGAAAACUAUAAUCUAUCUCUAUGUGCUGUGAAAAAUGGACCGCAUUUGGUUUCAUCUCAAGACACUUCAAACUCAACAGUUACAACAAACAGUACAAAUCCACUGGAGAGUACCGAUUUGAUCAUCCAAAAAAAGAUUACAGAGUACGGUGGCAGCGUAAGUGAAAUGUUUUACAUUACCGGGUUAAACGGCUCAACAACAUAUACCGCUUACCUAACAAAGAAAAUCAGUAACGGUGAUGGAUUGUCAAAUGUCGGUGGCGUGCUAUUUUCACAAGUUUAUUUCACCACCAAAAGUACUAAUGCAUGCUCUUUAAUUUUUGAUUUGGAUUUCUGUAGUGACGUUGCUUAUUCUGUACCCACAUCAUCAUUUUCGGUGGAGAAUAAGACUCUCAUGGCGCAAACUUAUGAUCACAUUGCAGAGGCUUUAUAUUCAAAUUUCAGCAAAGCUUUACAGUUGGUAUCUUGCGACGCAGACAAAGAUGCAAGAUAUUCGCCGAUCAUGGCUUGUGAAGAUUGCGCUGAAGCAUAUCGUGAUUGGGUAUGUGCAGUGUCAAUUCCAAGAUGUAGCACGUUAUAUUCCAAGUACUUUACUCACAGAGAUAAAACGCAAAAUCGUAAUGAUUAUCUGAAUAGAUACAUCAAACCUUUAGAUGAUUAUUAUGAAAUAUUACCUUGUAUUGAUAUGUGCUAUACGUUAGUACGAAACUGCCCCAGUGAUUUCGGGUUUGCCUGCCCUAAUGAUAAAUCCACGGAAGAUUUACUUUACGAAAGUUACAACUUCUACAUGGACGUUGACUACGCAACAUGCAACUACAUAGGUAAUUCUUCAUUAAUGACGAUUCAUCCUUUGAAGGACACAUAG